AUGAGAUUAUCCUGUAAUGCUAAUUUAUUACAUUUAUGCUUUCCAGGUCAACCAGUGGAAGUGGAGAAGCCACAAAGCGCACCUACUGAACAUGGCAGUGACCAGUAUGUACUCCAGCAUAUGCUGCGUCUCCUCAACACUAUACGCUUUAUGCUACAGCAACAAGCAGAGAGUAUCAACAAACUUUGUGAAAUGCUACCAUCCGCAGCAGUGACAACAUGCACACCACUAGUCAAUCAACCGUUCAAUUGCCUGCAAGAGCUGCUUGAUUUUGAUGCAAAGCUGACACGUGAAACCACCAGUACUUUGGUUCGUGAAUUUAUGCAGCUUGGCGGGAAAGACGCAAACUGGGCGACGAAAAGAAUUCUUGGAUACUGUUUGACUGACGAGCUUGCUGCACAAUUUUCUUGGCUUGGUCGGAAGGGGAAGCAUAGCUUUUCAGCCCUAAAUAUUGCCAAAGCAGUAGCAGAUGCUGCACGCAAAGCUCCAAAAGGCACUGCAGCAGAUGUUGAAGAGGCUAUUAAGUCAUGGUUACGCCACGCACCGGAGCGCCUCCUUGCGAAGGCGCCCAAGACGCCUGAGCACUGGGAACCACAGCAGACAUCAGGUGAUUUAUUUGAAAACAUAAUUCAUAGUAAAAGUCCAACAGUCAUAAGUGCUUGUCUUGUAGGCAUACCUCGAGGUCGCACCAAGGGAAGCAUUGGGAUGAGGAUGUAAAAUCAUUAUCAUUCACUUUCAUCCACCAAGCAUGCUGUACAAACUGCAUAAUUUUGUGAUUCAGUCUCGGUAGAAUCUUGCUGUACUUACAGUGGUCUUAAACCUGAAAUCUUUGGUGUUUCAGAUUCCAACUGAGUGAAGGGGUUUGCCCAACUCUAGCUCCAUCUUCCUCUCCGAGAAAGCCUCUACAGGUUGCCGCUUUAGUUUGGUGCCGCCAAC